CCCUCGCUCCACAAAUCAGAGAACCAAACACCACCACCAUUUGAUUCCCAUUUCACUUCCAUCACACCCGUAUGUGCCCGCUGCUCCCUGGUACUAGCAGACAAGCCAACAUGAGCAGGAUCCACCCUUCCGAUCGCCGCGGCGACCAUGGUGCCCGGCGUGCCGCGUCGGCGGCGAGGCCAGGUCAGGAGCAGCCGGCGGUGUACACUGUGUGGAAGAGGUCCAGCAUGGGGUUCCAGGGCACCGACGGCUUCUCCGUCUACGACGCCGCCGGGAGGCUCGCCUUCCGCGUCGACAACUACGCCCGCCGCCCCAAGGCCUUCGCCGGCGAGCUUCUGCUCAUGGACGGCCGUGGUGCCCCUCUCCUGUCCCUCAGGCCGCAGAUUUUUAGUCUGCACGACCGAUGGAACUGUUACAGAGUUGCACCAGAAGAAGACUGCCCGGACAGCACGGACGGGAGCUCCACCGCGCCGCAGCCGGCAACGCAGCAGCAGCUCUUCACGAUGAGUAAGUGUGCGGCUUUGCAGAGCACCGACGACGCGGAGGUCUUCAUGUCAUCGGCCUCGACGACAUCAGGGCGUGGCUGCCGGGCCCACCCUUCUCCACCUCCCGGCUUCCGUGUGGAGGGCUGCUUCUCCAGGAGGAGCUGCAAGAUCACCGGGAGCGACGGCCACGAGGCGGCGCGGAUAUGCAAGAAGAAAUCCGGCGCGUCGUCUACGGUGGCGUCCAGGCCGGUCUCGCUCGGCGACGACGUGUUCAGCCUGGUCGUUCGGCCGGGCGUGGACGCCGCGACGGUCAUGGCUAUCGUUGUCGUCAUGGACCGGAUCUGCCGGAAGCCGUACGCGCCGAUGGCCUGCUCUUCGCAGUAGUGUCCAAUAGCAUAGCAGUCAGUUAACACUUACAUCAGUCAAUAGAAUUCUUUGUCCUUCGUUGGAUGGACCCGAGAACUGCCGCUCAUAGACGCCGCCCACUUCAUCAAGACAUUCCUGAUGUCAGAGAAUUGUUUUUCAGAGUAUCUGUUUUAGUGUCAUUCAGACAAUUGUACCGAUUGUAAGAGUAGCAUGCCGUGACGCCAACGGUGAGAUUCAGAGUAGCAGUAGAUGAUACGUAUUUAGUAAGUAUUCAGCAAUGAUUAAGUUGGGGGUAAACCCCUUUUCUCAACAUAAAAAAGAAGCUAAGUCUUCAGCAA